UACAGUAGAGCAGAAUGCAUGGGAGGGGAAAGACCUCGAAAAUGUCACAGAAACUGGGCUCUGAGGGGGCCAGCAGGGAUAGAGUGUCAGAGCCGGACCCAAGAGCCCCCAAGGACCCUGGAAACAGACGCUGGUCCCGGCUUCUCCGUCAGCCUGGACAGCUGGACAAAGGCAGCGGGGAUGCGCUUUACCGUGAGAGAAAAUGUUGUCCUUGUUACUGUGGCUGUGGCUGGUACCAAUGGAUCAGGCUGCUCCCAAAGAUGGGGCUGCCAGUAUCUUUGGCUUCCUGUGGCUAAGAGAUUUGGAAAACAUCCUGAGGUGACUGCCCUGGGCCUCAUAAGCUGCUGGUCUUCUGCCUCUCUCUCCAGGAUAGAGGCUGAAGCAGGACUUGAUCUGCCAUCAAACCCCUUUGAGUCAGGCCAGGAGCAGUUUGGUUUGUUGCAGAAUUACCUGAAGGGACUGGGCCAGGCCUCUGGGGACUUGGAACAUUUGAGCCGAGAACAAGUGCUAUUAUAUCUCUUCGCACUCCAUGACUUUGACCAGAGUGGACAGCUAGAUGGUUUGGAGCUUUUGGCUAUGCUCAAAGAAGCUCUGUUCCCUGGAGUCCAAGCUUCAUCUUCUACAAGCCAGGUGAUCAGAGUGGUAGACAAAGUGCUGGAAACCCAGGACCUGGACAGAGAUGGACUGGUGACACCUGCAGAGCUGCUCACCCUUCCUGGAGGUGCUCUGAGGUACAAAGAACCACAGGAGUCCUCUGUUCCACCUCAACACUCAGAAAUUGUUGGCAGUCCUGCCAUGCUGGCGAUAAAGCUAUUAGAACAAGGCACUAGGGAGGCCACGAUCCAGGAAGAAGUCACAGGCCCUGGAGGGGAAGAUGGGAAGAAAGCCACAGAUCUUGCACAAGAGGCUAGGAGCCUGGGGGAAGCCACAGGUCCUGGAGAGAAUGGCAUGAAGGUCACAGACUCUGAGCAAGAGGCCAAGAGCUUGGGGGAGGCCACAGGCCCUGAAGAGGAUGGAAAGAAGGUCCCAAACCCUGAGCAGGAGGCCAGGAGCUUGGAGGAGGUCAUAGGAAGCCCUGGAGGGGAAGUGGGAUACCAAAGUGAAGCAGAAGAGGAAGUCAAGGGUCCUCUAGGGGAAGUUGGAGAAGGGAUGGAGAUUAUUGUGGCCGAAUUAGGAACCCUAGAGCUAGGAGAACGUUUGGAACCUGGAGAGGUUCCAGGUGAGUUUGAAAGGCAUGCCAUUCAGCUGGAGAAUGAUGAAAUGUGAGUGUUAGGAUUGGGGCACUGUCCUGGAAGCCUUGGUCCUACAUGAAGACAUCAGACAGGUGUGUGUGUGUGUGUUGUGUGUGUGUGAGAGUAUCAGUCGCUGGUGCUUCCCUAGAGCUCCUGUCUCAGCCCACUGCUGCUCGCCCCUUUCCUGGUUCUAACCAUGGUGGCAGUCUUUAUUUGGCUCAUGGAGAAUACAGAAGUCAAGUUAGAGAACAACUAAUAGUGACUACUAUCCUGAAACUCAACUGUCAUCCCAGAAAAAGCAGGUAGCAGCUGGGUCUGGUCACAGAGCUCAUGGACGUGCUGAAUGAUCAAGAACUGAAUAGUGUUUGUCUGAUGAUGCUUGCCCACACGUCUAGUCCAGGUGAAUCAAUAUAGUACAUGGGCGAGGGGCUUUAGGGAAAGGAUGAUUAGGCAAAUGGCCCUAAGUAAGCCUGGGAUACACACACUUGUGGCCUCUUAAAGUCUGAGAGAGUCUGAGCUAGGCUAGCUCCAGACCAAUCUGUGAAAUGGAAAAUUCUCUAUGGUGCCAAUAAAUACCCUUCAAUCCCUCUCCUCAUUUAGUUGCACUUAUGCUACCUCUAAGUGCCCACCAUUCCUUCCUGGACCUAUCUUCUCCUUUUCAAACCCCACCUGUCCUGCUUCAGUGCUCCCAGGAUUCUGCUCUGCUCUUUUAAAUGUAUUCCUCCUCCCAAGUAGUCCUUCUAAUGAUACCCCAAGUGUCUAGAGAAUAUUGGCUCACUUAAGGUUGCUAAAGCUUUAAAGUCUUGUUUUACAGAGAAAUAAAUUGCAACUCAGUGAGCCUAAGAGAUUUGGCCAAGAUCAUUCAGUUACUUAGUGGGUGCAAGAGAAAGGGUUUAAAUAUGAACUCAAUGCAUACUUACGGGCUGCUUUUAACAGAAGGAAGAGACUCCAGUAAUGGGGCUUGAGGCAGGCCAGGUCAGUGAAGAAAAUAUGUGAGAACAGAGAAGCUUGGACUCCCUAAACUUCAAGCCUGUAUGGGGAACCGUCUAUACAACUUAAUUGUAGAAACAACUGCAUCAAAGCUAGUCUGAGAUAAACUGACCAAACCAGCCUAGGCUCCUUAGAGUCCUUGAGAUCAGGGAUGACCUGGACUGGUCUGAAGGUGUUAGGAGUUGAUGAGGCCUCUCUCACAAUGAAGCUUUUUCCCCAUGGAGAAGUAAAGGGCAACUGGACUCUGCCAAGCUCCAUUCAGGAAAUCAUCAUCUGAGUUCCAAGGGGCUCUGAGACAACCUGACAGAUGUUUAUGCAUAUUUGGGGGGGGGGCAAGCAUCUGGAUCCUGAAGGGAUGAAGGGGCCAAGGUCGAGCUAUUUUUCACCAUGCAGACACGCCACCUAAGUCAAACAGUGGAUAAAGUUCUGAAGCAAGGAAAACCCAAGUUCAAUAUAUCACUUCAAAGGUAUGUGGCAGGUGAUUUAACCUGUCAGUCUCAGUUUUCUUACUGGUAAGAAAGAUAAUAGUAGCACCCACCUCCCAAAGUUGUUGUGAAGUUCAAGUACUUUGCAGACUUAAAAGUGCUAUGUAAAUGUUCCCCACAUUUGGGGAACUUGAGAUUUUGUGGCAGCCACUCCUACUUGGAGGACAGCUUUCAAGAGGAACAGUGACCUGUCUGCUGAUGAGCCUCCAAAGGCAUCCAAGCCAGACAUUGGACAGCACAGUCCCUCAACCUCUCUCCUUGAAAUUUGUUCAUGUUGGCAAGAAUAGCAGGAACUUGUGCUCCCUCAAUUCUGCCUUUGGAGAUCCCUGGCCCCUUCUAGGUCACAAGGAGAUAUUCCUCUUAGUGAAGGAAAAUGUUAGAUAAAUGCAAAUCGUUUUGUUUUUUUUUUUCCAACUAGAGUUUCAGAUGUCAGGCAAAAAAGAAUGUGCCCUAGCAUCUUUCAUGAGUCCAUAAAAUAGAUCAUACGCCAAGGGGUUUCUCCUGUAGGUAGGCUCUGACCUGGGGGAAGGGGAAGGUAGUCUUGCCAGGAUGAAUCUGAGUACAUCACAUACAAUGCUUGCAAUGUCUCUAGAGCCUCCAGUGUUAGCCAAAUUUAAUUCCUGCAGUACACUGAAAGUAAGAUACUGGCUUGAUAAAAUGUUUAUUUGGUUUUAAAGAGGGGGACAGUUGAGAACCGAGAUGUGGUGGGGCUAAAGAGCUCCAGCCUUGGUUGUAUCUGCUCUGUUAAAUGGAUGGCCAUGACACCA